GGUACUGCGAUCGGCCGCGCCCGCAACAGUCGCGUUAUAACCGUACGUCCGUCCGGUCGCUGCAAUCCGGCAGUUACGCGUCGCGCGCACUCAUUGCGAUACGCCGCCGUCGUUGCAAUCGUGCACAAACAGUAUAUUAUUCUAAUUAUUUAAUUGUACCUAUAAAUAUACUUAUAUUUAUACAAACCGGGACGAGGGGGAAUCGAUUUUGCGCGCAUGGUGGAAUCGGAAUAGCGAAAAACUCUUAAAGUACGACUUUUGUGUGUUUGCGUGCGAGUGUGCGAGUGUGACUGCGCACGCGAAUGUGCUGCAUUUGAGUGCCCGCCCAAAGUUACUAUUCCGUUUUGUUCGCACGCCGAGUCGUUGUAUUGUCGAAAAAGCCGUCGCCGCAGCCAUCACCGCCGCGGUCACUUUAUACCUGAUACCGCUGCAGUCACAAUAAUUACUGGCACCGUCGAACAGCCAUCAUGAUUAUGGAAUCCUCCAACGCCGCCGCGGAAUCGGCCGCGUCCGGAAGCGACCGCAGCAGCAACGUGUCCACCAGUCCGCCGCCACAAAUGCCGAUUUUGCAACAACAGCAACAGCAGGCGUCGGCGGUCAACAACGGCAAGUCCGACGGCAGCAGCCCGAAGGACGACAGGGGCAGUAGUCCCAUGAUGAGCGUCAUCAAUCCGCACCACGCCAUCAUAACGCCGACACGCGGCAUGAGCCCACCGUCGCAGACCGCACCGCCCGUGUCUUCGAUGAGCUCGCUUGCCUCCCGCAUACCCAUGGGACUGUUCAACUCGCUGGUGCACCACUCAUCGCCUUUGGACCUGAUGGCCAUGGCACAUCAUCACCAGCAACAGCAACAACAGCAACAACAACAGCACCCGUCGCUGCAGCCGCCGCCGCGGUCCUACAACAGCCCUCCGCCCAUAAGCAGCACCGACCCGGCCGCCAACGAAUGCAAGCUGGUCGAGUACCGCGGACAGAAAGUCGCCGCGUUCAUGAUCGGCGGUGACACGAUGCUGUGCCUGCCGCAGGCGUUCGAACUGUUUCUCAAGCACCUGGUCGGCGGCCUGCACACCGUCUACACUAAGCUCAAGCGGCUGGACAUCGUGCCGCUCGUGUGCAACGUCGAGCAAGUACGCAUAUUGCGCGGCAUGGGCGCCAUCCAGCCCGGCGUGAACAGGUGCAAACUGCUCUCGUGCAAGGACUUCGACACGCUCUACAGAGACUGCACCACAGCGAGGUGCAUGAUGUCGCACAAGCCGACUGACAGUUCUCGGCCGGGAAGGCCGCCCAAACGAGCGUCGUCCGUGGGCUUAUCGUUGGCCGCGUCCGCUUCCCAUUUGAGUCAUCAGCUGAAGAAACACCGUCUCGAAAACGGCGACUACGUACCCGGGGUAUACGAAAACGGACACAUGCAAGACUCGCCGCGCAUGGAAAAGUCACCGCUGCUGGCCAACGGCUACAACCAUCCGCCCACGCACUUAGGACACAUGCAGUACAUGCAGCAGUUCAACCAUCAUCACCACCACCCGGCCGCGGCUCACGCCAUAAUGAACCCAGCCGGUCUUUCGCAUCCGGCACUACCCCGUCCUGACGCACAACUACUCAAGAGCCAGGGACUGUCCAUGGAAGCUUUGGCCAGUUCGGGUAUCUGGGAAAAGGCGUACGCCGGUUUCAUGAAACAGCUAGAAAGGGCCAACGACGAACGAGUGGGAGACCUCAACCGGGCGAUGAACUUCGAUCAGAAGACAAGGGACAUGAACUCACAAAACGGUUCUUCGGAAGGACACAGUCCAGUAUUGAAUCUGUCUAAAACUGGCGGAGACCAUUCAGGACCAGCCAGCGAUCAUUCUGCCGGCGGACAUACUAACGGAGACGAUGAGGACGACCUUGACGAAGACGACGACAACAUUACCGACGGCGAUGAGGAUGACAUUAAAGAUCACGACCUAAGUGACAAUCCGGACGUGGGCGGCACCAGCAGUGCACACGGUAGCGUUACGCCACCGCCGCAAGCCUUGAACUUUGGUUCUGCCGGAUCCGGUGACAUGGGUUUGCCCUUCAUGACCACCGAGUCGCUUCUCCGGAAAAUCCAGGCCUUGUUGAAGGCAGCCGCCGACAAGAUCCGAGACGACGACCGCGCGUUGAACUUUGAAAAAGCUGAGUUAAAAAUGGACGUGCUCCGUGAGAGGGAAGUCAAAGGAAGCUUAGAACGACAGUUGGUCGACGCCCAAAAACUACGGGUUAUUUACCAGAAGCGUCUGCGCAGGGAAAGGAAAGCUAGAAAACGCGUGCAGGACCAGCUGGAGCAAGAGAUGAAACGCAGGGCCCAACUAGAGGACAUGAUCAAAGCGGCCGGCGCACCGGCAGACGCCCUCCGCGUUUUAACAGAGAACAACAACGAGAAACCCAGAGACAGAUCGGAACAAUCACAGAGCCCGAAUUACCCGUCAGCCGGGCAAGGACAACGGGGAUCGGAGACGUCCAGCGAUAAACAAUGGAACUACUCGGGAUUGGAUCUGAUGAGUUCAUCCGGUGCCGCGGCCUUUUGGCAAAACUAUUCCGAAACCUUUGCGCAAGAACUCGAUCUGGAACGAAAAGCAAGACAACAACAGUCUGCUCAACAGAACCAACAGCAGAGCCAACAUUCAGACAGAGACAUUAAGUCGCCCGUUCCAGACAGCAGAGCGAAAUUCUUCAACAAUUCCGUAUUGUUCAGCACGGCGACAUAAUGCGCGGACCAUAAGCGUUAUUUUCGAUUUGUAUACAUACGAUGUACUUAUAAACAAUAUUAGUGACGAUUUUUUUUUUUUUUUUGUAUAAAAUAUUAUUUUUUACCUAAGUAAAUUUACGGGCUUUUAACACUCGUCGAUACAUUAUAUUAUAUUUAUUAUAUAUUAUUAUUAUUAUUAUUAUAUAUAUAUAGUGUAUUUAAAUAUAUUAUUAUUAUACACGUUUAAUAUUUAGGCAUAAUUAUAAUAAUAUAAUAUGUAUCGGUUUAUAUGCAAACUUAUUUUGUAAAGAAACUUAAUAAAAAGGUACGCAGCGGCGAAUAUACGAUUAUCGGGUAAUUUAUUAUAUUACAAAUGAUAAGAAGUUUUACCUAAUGAAAAAUAUGUUAGAUAUAUUAUGCGAUCUCAGAAUAGAACAAACGCGAAAAAUAAUAAUUUUGACUUUUUAAUAGAAUAAAACAAAAAAUCCAUUAACCUUUGCCAGGCAGCGCCGGGGAUCCUCUAAAUGCGACUAAGAUUGAUAUAGAGUCCAAGUUAUUUUCAGUACCUAACUUUGAUUGUACAGACUGAUUUUUAGAAAAAAUGUCUAUAUUGUAAUUUUCUAUAAUAUGUGUAAUACUAUUACUAUCAUAAUUAUUAUUUUGUAUUUGUACAUAUGAAUAUUUAUAAUAUACAUAAUACCGCGAUGUGUGUUUGUUGAAGACGAUUCGGAUAAAACGUCCAAACAUUUCAGUAUGUAAAUAAUGUCGUUUAGUAUAUAAAAUAGUUCCUUCAGUUCUUGCAUUAUAUAUUAUGGAACAUAUUUUCGCUCUUCACGUAAUACCUAAUGUAAAAAAUAAAGAUACAUUUGUUUUUUUUUAUCAAUCUUUAAAUAGUGUAUUAUUGUAAAAUACCAACUACGGCUAAACGUAAGAACCCCUCUAAAGAGUUUCGCGCGUUUUUGUAUAAAAGUAUUUAAUUUUUAAUACGUACAUAAUAAUGUAAAACGUAUCAAUGUUAGUUUAUUAAUUUAUUACCUACUUAAUUUUUAUAAAUUAUAUUAUAUAAUGUUUGUAAUAGAAAAAAGUUUUUAAAAUACGGUUGUAGAUAAAACCAAAGAAUAUAAG